AUGCCUCCCAAAAAUCGACAGGAAGAGGAGCGGUCAAAACUGACUCGUAUUGCGGUUGUUAAUGCUGACAGAUGCAAGCCCUCGAAAUGCAGUUUUGAGUGUAGCAAGUGUUGUCCGGUUAAUCUUCAAGGCAAGCUGUGUAUUGAGGUACAGAGAAAGUCUGUGAUUUCAAAGAUUUCAGAGGAAUUGUGCAUUGGCUGUGGAUUGUGUGUGAAAAAGUGUCCUUAUGGUGCCAUUCACAUCAUUAACUUGCCAUCAAAUCUUGAAAAGGACACUGUUCAUCGAUAUGGUCCCAAUAGCUUUAAACUCCAUCGUCUGCCUCUUCCUCGCCCAGGACAAGUCCUGGGGCUUGUUGGAGCAAAUGGAACAGGUAAGUCGACGGCGUUGUCUAUUCUAAAAGGGAAAAUUAAACCCAACCUUGGUCGCUAUCGUAAUGAGCCGAGUUGGGAAGAUAUACUUCGUUACUUUCGUGGUUCGGAGCAUCAAGCAUAUUUUCAGCACAUGUUGGAAGAUAAAUUACGUGUUCUUUUAAAACCGCAGUACGUGGAUCAAGUUCCCAAGGCCACGAAAGGUUUGGUAGGAGAACUCCUCGCAAAGUCGGACCAGCGCGGUAUGAAGGAACACUUCAUGAAGCUGCUUGAUCUCGAGAAUGUUGCGGAUCGUGGACUUGAUAAACUUUCUGGUGGCGAGCUACAACGUUUUACUAUUGCCGCUUUAUGUGUGCAAAGUGCCGCGGUUUACAUGUUUGAUGAACCUUCUAGUUACUUGGAUGUGCGUCAGCGCCUGACUGCCGCUCGAGUUAUACGCUCCCUAUUAAAGGAGGAUAACUACGUGAUUGUUGUGGAGCAUGAUCUUUCCGCUGUUGAUUACAUGUCUGAUUUUGUUUGCGUCUUGUACGGUGUUCCCGGCAUUUACGGUGUGGUGACAAUGCCCUACGGUGUUCGGGAGGGCAUUAAUGUUUUUCUCGACGGCUUUGUUCCAACGGAAAAUCUGCGCUUCCGUGAGGAGGGUCUCACCUUCCGCAUUGUCGACGACUUUGAUGAGAUCACGAAGCGCAGCGCCCAAAACAGCUACCCCGCGAUGACGAAAAAUCUAGGAGCCUUUAGCCUGACCGUGGAGCCUGGAACAUUCUCUGAUUCCGAGAUUAUUGUGCUACUUGGAGAAAACGGUUGCGGCAAAACCACCUUUAUUCGCAUGUUGGCCGGACAUCAAAAGCCAGACAACGACGCGGAGGUGCCGCAGCUUUCAAUCAGCUAUAAACCGCAAAAGAUUGCACCCAAGUUCCAAGGUACCGUAAAGGAUCUCUUGCAGACGAAGAUCUACGACGCCUUCAGUCACCCGCAGUUUCAGACGGACGUCCUGAAACCCCUGACCAUUGAGGAGCUGCUGGACCAGGAGGUGCAAAACCUCUCCGGGGGCCAGCUUCAACGGGUUGGGUUGUGUAUUGCGCUGGGAACACCGGCAAACAUAUACUUGAUUGACGAGCCAAGUGCCUACCUGGAUUCGGAUCAGCGUAUCAUCGCCGCCCGUGUGAUCAAGCGGUUUAUCAUGCACACCAAACGCACAGCCUUCAUCGUAGAGCAUGACUUUAUUAUGGCAACCUAUUUGGCAGAUCGCGUGAUUGUCUACGAGGGGACGCCGGCGCUGAACUGCAAGGCCUGCACCCCCUGCGGCCUCUUGGAGGGCAUGAAUAAGUUUUUGAAGAGCCUUGACAUUACCUUCCGCCGCGACCCCACCAAUUUCCGCCCGCGCAUCAACAAGCUGGACUCCGUGAAGGACCGGGAGCAGAAAAGCGCCGGAAACUACUUCUACAUGAUGGACACGCAUGACGCGGCGAACAAUCUUCCGCACAAGCCCGGACAGGAGCACAGCGAGGAUGACGACGACGAGGAGGAGGCGGCGGCGGCGGCGGCGUCCAAGAAGAAGCAGAAGAAGGGGAGACACUGA